AUGGCCCCGCCGCCGGCCCCGCCGCCGGCCCCGGCCCCGGGGCCCCGCCUGGCGUUGCUGGCCGCUGCCCUCCUCGCCGCCACAGUGAGCGGCGAUGUGGACCCUGCUGACCCUGUCUAUCUGCCAGUGGACCUGGAGGUACUCAAUAUGCCCGAGUACUACCGGCUGCAGCGGGCAGACCAGGACCUGCCAGCCAACACCUCACUGCGGGCCCGCUCGGAGACCUACCUGCUGCUGCGGCAUGGCACUGCAGCGCAGCCCCUCGUCCGGGCCACCUACACGCCCUUCAGCGCUCACCAGGCAGUACCAUUGGAGAGCCCUCCCCAGGAAGAUGUGUCAGCAGGCUGGUCCAUCCGUGCUGUGCCCAUCGAGAGCGCAGUGUCACCUGUCCAGCCCUUUGCCCGCGUCCUCUUCCACCUACAGGGCCCUGACUGGCUGCCAGGGACACGGGAGCUGCCCUGUGUCACCCUCCAGGCACAGCACCGGGGUCAAACUGCCCAUGGGACCUGCCGCCUGCAGGCACCGCUCGGCAUCUGCAUGGUGGAGCUGGAGAUCCCCCUAGCCUGGUUCUCUGAGCCCCGUGAGCCAGUGGACCUCUACUACGGCACUGUGGGGCUGGGCGAGUGCAGCCAGACUGGGGUGGGGGCAAAGGGGCUGCAGCGUGCUGGGCGGCUGGAGCUGCGGGAGGCCGAGCCAGCGCGGUUGCAGGAGGUGCGACUGGAUGACAAAGUGUUGCUCCGUGUGCCCGAGGUUGCCCUGCGCCCGGGGCAGCUCUUCACUGCCACCCUUGUCCUGUGGCACAACUUCACUGCUGAUCAGCUCACGCUCCGGGUGAAGGUGAAGAAGGGAUUGCAGGUGGUGGCAGCCCGGCCAGCGGCCCCCACAGCCUGGGCUGCCCAGCUGGAGCGUUCCCGGGGCGCCAAGCACUCCACUGCUGUGGUGACCUGCCAUCGCCGUGGCACCGGGGGCUACGGGCCCACAAGGGUGGCUGAGGGCUACGAGCUGCUGCACCUGGACCUGGCGGUGGAGAACAGCACUGGGGGGCUGGUGGCGGCACGGCCCGUCACUUGGCAGGUGGAGUACCCCGGACAAGACCCCGAGGCCCAGAAGGACAAGAUGGUGUGGGAGAUCCAGGUGUCGGAGCGAGAUAUCCGCGCCCUCAUCCCGCUGGCACAGGAGCUGGAGAUCAUCAACACGGCACCACUGAGUGGCGUGCCCCAUGCAGUGCCGGUGAAGCUGGUGGCCGUAGAGGCAGGGGGUGGCAUAGCCGAGGUCACAGAGCAGCUGGGCUGCGAGUCAGCUGACAAGCAGGUGCUGCAGGUGGCUGAUGCCUGCAAUGCCGUGUUUGUGGCGGGCAAGGAGAGCCGGGGUGCCCGUGGGGCCCGAGUGGAUUUCUGGUUCCAGCGCUUCCACGCUUCACUGCACUUCACCGUCUGGGCGCCACUCCUGCCUCUCCGCGUUGACCUGCGUGACACUACCCUGGAACAAGUGCGGGGCUGGCGCCUGCCUGGCACCCCCACCGACAGCAUCCCUGUCGAGGUGGAAGAGCCUGGGGAGGAGGCCGAGCGGCGCACCCGAGGCUGCCGGCCCCAGUACCAGCGCACAGCGGUGCGGUUCCUGGCGCACUUUGUGGCCCACCCGCUUGAUGGUGGGCGCCACCUCACUUACCUACCCAGCCCCGAAUGGCUCUUCGAUGUCUCUCAUCUGGUGGCUGCCCGGGCCCGGGUCGUGGACCCCCGUGUGGCCUCGCUGGAGGCGGGGGCUGUGGUGGUCGGCCGGGAGCCUGGGGUGACCUCUGUGGAGGUCCGCUCACCUUUCUCGGACUCCAUCUUGGGCGAGCAGAUGCUGGUGGUGUCAGAGGAGAAGGUGACAGUGAUGGAGCUGCAGGCCCAGGUGGUAUCAGGGCUGUCCCUCAUGGUGACAGCCGAGCCAGGGCACCCUGAUCUCAUCGUGGCCUCCUGCCAAGGGACAGCUGCACUGCACUCCCCCAAACAGGAGGCGACGCUCUCGGUCUGGCUGGCCUUCUCUGACCAUACGCUGGCCCCGCUGGAGCUGUACGGCUGGCAGGAGGCAGCGCUGGCUGUGGCCUUGCCAGACUCCACCGUGGCCUCGGUGCGCCCUCCAGGGGCCACCCCCUUGCGCCCACUGCUGGUGGCUGAGGGGAUGGGGCGUGGGGCGCUGUUGCAUCUCAGCCUGCAUGCCCCGGACACCUGCCGCAAGGGCCGGCACCGGGCAGCCCCCCUGGCCACUGGCACUGCCUGGCUUGAGGUGGGCCAUGGCCGGCGCCUGCCUACCCCUGGCAGCCCCAAACACCGAGGUGGCCACCCCCGGCCCAGUUCACCCUUCUCGCGGGCUGAGGGGGCCAUGUCCGGGGAAGCAGUAACAGCCGCAGCAAGUGAGCCACAGAGGAGGAACCCUGCUGGUGUGGGACCAGCCUCCACCAAGCUCCAGGGGCUGGGAUCUUCCUCAGAGGAGGAGGAGGAGGAGGAUGGCUACGGUCGCAACCGUGCUGGUGGGGAGGAGGAGGAAGAGGAGGAGAUGGUAAAAGCCUCUGAGCGGGUGACUGACCUGGAGAUUGGCAUGUACGUCUUGCUUGGUGUCUUCUGCCUGGCCAUCUUUAUCUUCCUUAUUAACUGCGUCUUCUUCGUUCUGCGGUACCAGCACAAGGAACCGCCAGAUGCUGGCAUGGCCCCCUCCACCCCGCAGCCCCACAACUGGGUUUGGCUGGGCACUGACCAGGAGGAGCUGAGCCGGCAGCUAGACCGCUGGCAGCCGGAGCCCAGUACUGAGCCAGCCCCAGGUCCCCAGGCCAGCACUGAGGGUGGGCAGUGCUGCUGUGGGGUGCCCCCAAGUGCCAUGCCAGGGCCUGGCCCCACUGCUGAGGAGCCUGGUGGCAGCCCACUCCUGGGUGCUCUGACACCCGGAACUGCCCUGCCCCGUAAGGAGAGGGGUGCACCAGGGGGUGGCCGGAGAAAACGUGUGGAGUUUGUCACCUUUGCGCCGCUGCGGGCACCCGAGGAGCCUCCCCUGCCCACCCCCAACAUCCAGUCCAUCCUGGUGGCCAGUGAGGAUGAUAUCCGCUGGGUGUGUGAGGACAUGGGGCUCCGGGACCCCGAAGAACUCAGGAGCUACAUGGAGAGGAUCAGGGGCAGCUCCUGACCUGGAGGACGGGGGGGGGGGGGGGGGGAGCUGUCCCUGGCCCCCGCCCUGGCUGGUACCAGGCCAGGCGAACUAGUAAGGGACCAACCUCCUCCUCCCUACACCUCCCUGGAGAUGUGUUCCUGCCCCACUUCCCCUGCUGCGGCAGGCAUGCUGCUCUGGGGGACACAUCCUCAUCCCAUCUCUGGCCAGUGUGGUGGCUGGAGCCCUACCCCACCAGUGUCACUGGAGAGACAGGCCCUGGAUGCUUGUGACUCUUUGGGACCAUAGAGACGUUUCCAUUAGGGACCAGUUCGCUCAGCCAUUGCCUCCCAGCUGAGAGUGUCUGCCCUCUUCAUGGUCUGUGCCAGAUUCCCAGGCCCACUUUGCUGGGAGGGUCACCACUGCCAUCACACAUCCGGGCAUCCUGCUAAUCUCCUUGGCUUUGGAGGAUGUUUUUGUCACUGGAAGCUGCCCUGGGAAGGGGAAUUCUGUGGAGGAAGCGUUGGUCCCCUUACUGCUUUGGGUCUCAUUGCAACAUCAUGUUCAUAGUGAUUAUGAGUCCUAUGGUCUGAUCCUGGAGACCAGCCUGUGUCCCCUUGCCCCAUCCUCAGCCCUGUCCCACUGCAGGGAGGAAGGGGGCUCAGGGCAUGAGCUCAUCUCCACCUUCACCCUGGCCAUGCAUCUGUUUUGUAUGAUUGGCAUUUUAUACCCGUAGCAUUGUGGGAAGGGGCUGCUACAAUGGGGUUUGUUAUUUAUGGAAGAUUUUUAAUUCUGACAUUGUUACAAAAAUAAAAUAUUUCAAAAAGCUGA